GUCGACAGUUUUGAGUUUCAAAUGUCAACGUAGAUAAAAAUUAAUUCUUUUCACAUUUUUUGUUCUGCAGUCGACUCGUCUAGAAGAUCAUCAUUCUGUAUUUUCCACCAUGACUGAAAGCGGUCCAGCCUUCGACACCAACUGCAUGACGCUGACGCGUUUUCUGUUGGCCGAACAGAGGCACUUUCCAUCUGCUACGGGGGACCUCACCCAAUUGCUGAACUCCAUACAGACGGCUGUGAAGGCUGUCAGUUCAGCCGUGAGGAAAGCCGGAAUCGCCAGACUUCAUGGUAUAUCUGGAGACACCAACGUGCAAGGCGAAGAAGUAAAGAAGCUAGACGUUCUUGCAAACGAGCUGUUUAUUAAUAUGCUCAAGUCUUCGUUCACCACGUGCAUGUUGGUCUCAGAGGAAAAUGAUAAUGUUAUAGAGGUUGAAACCGACAAACAGGGCAAAUACAUUGUAUGCUUCGAUCCCCUCGACGGAUCAUCCAACAUCGAUUGCCUGGUAUCAAUUGGAUCAAUCUUUGGAAUAUACAAAAAAGUAUCAACCGGUGCUCCACAAUUAUCCGAUGCCUUGCAACCCGGUCGCAAUCUGGUGGCAGCCGGCUACGCCUUGUACGGUUCUGCAACCAUGAUGGUGCUGUCCAUUGGAAAUGGUGUCAACGGAUUCAUGUAUGAUCCUGCUAUUGGUGAAUUUGUUCUGACGGAGCCCAAUAUGCGUGUACCUGAUAAGGGAAAGAUUUACUCGAUCAAUGAAGGUUACUCGUACCUGUGGGAUGCUGCUGUUUCUGAAUACGUAUCGGCAAAAAAAGAUCCUGCAAAGGGUAAACCUUAUGGUGCCCGAUAUGUUGGAUCCAUGGUUGCUGAUGUUCACAGGACCAUAAAGUACGGAGGUAUAUUUAUAUAUCCUGCAACAUCUGCAUCACCUAAGGGAAAGUUACGUCUGUUGUACGAGUGCAUACCCAUGGCGUUCAUCCUGACCCAAGCCGGAGGUCUCGCAAGUUCUGGCAAACAGCCGAUUCUUGAUGUACAACCCGAGUCGAUUCACCAGAGAUGUCCUAUCUUCCUUGGUUCCAAAAAUGAUGUCGAAGAAGCUUUAAGCUAUGUCAAAAAACAUUCAUCUUAAACAAUAAUCAAAAAAGAUAUGCAUUCCAUACAAUGGAAGUAUUGUGCUUCUGAGAA